CUACUAUGCAGCUAGCGGUAUAUUUUCUCGCGGCCGCAGCUGCCAUUGGCUCUUCUACGUUUGCUUUUCCCUGGUUUAGAGACCCAUGUGCGGCUGGCUUUGCAAGUUUACCGCAUGGAAACAGACAAAACAGAAAGGAAGAUGCGAGCCCGGAAAUCUGCCAGUAUGAUAAAGAAGACAACACCAAGGCGCCUUUGAAAAAUAUUUUUAGCGCGUUGGACGGCAGUGAGAUCGCAGCAGUAACGAGUUUCCUUCACAAGCAGAGGGAACUCAACCUGACCGCUGCAGUAAAGGCAACAAGUUGGGACAAUACUAUUGACCUUGUUGAACUCUUGCAGCCAAACAAGUCGGACGCUUUGCCCUACUUGAAUGGCGAUGGCCCAGCUCCAGAUCGGUACGCUCGGGUGGGAAUCCAGUUCAAAGCUACGGAGGAACCAUACAUCCAGGACUACAUGGUCGGACCUCUCCCGGUCUCACAUCGAACAAAGGUGCAGCCACUGAAUUAUCUAUACAACAAAGGGGUUGGUAAGCAGCGCAUAUAUCACGCUGAUAUAAAUGAGGAAGUCGCGUUUUAUGCGAAGAUUGGCGCCAGCGUUGCGGAUAUCACACUCGAUCUCUGGAAUGGCACAUUUAUGGGCUUGCCGAAUGACACUGUGUUCGUCAAAGGAUUCGAACCACUCCAGAUUGGUAACCAAUCUGUUAUCACUUGGCUUCAGUUCUGGAGUUACCCAAUUGGCACCAUUGAUGACCGUGCUUCAGUGCUCCCCCUGGGCCUACAUACAAAGAUAAACAUAGCUGGAAGAGACCCGUCCAAAUGGUCAGUCCUUGGAUGGUAUUAUAAUGGUAAUUUCUAUAAAACCACUGAGGCAUUUCGUAAGGCCUAUUUCAGCCCCGGAUUUCAGAAGCGGGGUGCAAACGUUGAUGGUCUUUGGGCUCAGUUGAUGAGAGAUGGGAAACCGCGACCCCGGGAUACGCUGGUUGCUCCCGUACAAGUCCAGCCCCAAGGAAGACGUUUUGGUGUUGACGUGAAGGAGAAGUAUAUUGAAUGGAUGGGAUUUUCGUUGUAUAUCGGAUUUACUAGAGAUACCGGGAUAAGGCUUUUCGACGUUAGAUAUAAUGGCGAGCGGAUUGUUUACGAGCUUGGAUUGGAAGAGGCACUUUCACAUUAUGCUUCGGAUGAACCUAUGCAAUCAGGCGUCGCUUUUCUUGAUUCGUUGGAAGGAUUUGGUCGGGUUUCGUAUGAGCUUGUCCAAGGUUACGACUGUCCAUCCGAUGCCACAUUUUUGAACACCUCGUACUUCACGAACGAAGAGACACGCACCCAUGCAAACAGUAUUUGUUUGUUCGAGAUGGAUUCGGGCCACCCACUCCAGCGUUACGCGUCUUCAAACACUGUCAGUGUCACUAAAAGUUUGGUUUUCACUAUCCGAAGCAUCAGCGCGGUUGGGAAUUAUGACUUCAUAUUUGACUAUGAAUUUUUCCUUGAUGGCUCGAUACAUGUUACUGCCCGGCUUUCAGGAUACAUACAGGCUUCUUACUGGGCACAUAGCGGCGACUAUGGCUUCAGAAUCCGGGACAAUCUUUCCGGCUCCAUGCAUGACCAUGUGAUCAGCUAUAAACUGGAUAUGGAUGUUAAUGGUACUGCCAAUAGCUUGCUGAAGACAACCGUUGUCCCAACGAGGGAGAGGUACCCUUGGUCUGAUGGCGAACUAGUAAAUACAAUGAAGUUAGAAAAGACUUUCAUCGAUAAUGAGAGACUCUCGAAGCUCAACUGGGCACCAAAUUCGGCAACGACUUAUACAGUCAUCAACAAGGAUGCUAAAAAUAUAUAUGGAGAAUACAGAGGCUAUCGCGUUUCUCCCGUUACGAGCAGCACGACCUAUCUGACAGUGCAAAACUCGGAGAGCUUGAAGAGGAGUGGUGGUUGGGCAACUCACAACCUUUAUGCCUUGAAACGAAAGGAUACGGAGCCCCAUAGCACAUCUUCAUAUAACAAUCUUGAUGUUGGAGAUCCGGUUAUCGACUUCAAUAAAUUUUUUGACGGAGAGUCGUUAGACCAGGAAGAUUUGGUCCUAUAUUUCAACCUGGGGAUGCAUCACAUCCCAGAUACAGGUGACCUGCCGAACACGACUGCUGUUUCGUCAAUGGGCAUCAUUCCGCAAAACUUUCACCUAGAGAACCCGUCUCGAGCGACUCGCCAACAAAUCCGUUUGACCUUUGAGGAGGGCAAAGCAUCGCAGGCUGAGAUAUUUGGAAGUAGCCAUGCCACGUGUACUUUUGACAUGAAAAAUGUGAAGCCUAACCUAGCGGGCUACAAGGGUGACAUUGUGGUCCCGAAGUUCCCAUUUCUGUCGACCAACAUGUCUUUCGCACCAACGCGACCUGGUUCGCAAACGCGACCUGGUUCGUAA